CCUUUUCCUUUCUCUCACACCCACUCAUAGCAGGCCAUGGAAAAUCCCACGGUCAGGGUGAGUGCCCGCACUCGGGAGCUUAUUGAACAGCGGGAGGCCUUGCAGGCGAUCCCUGAGGUACCACUAACUGGGCAUGCGUCCAAGGCAUUGGUAUCCCUUCCGAGCCAUCCACUUGGCUCACGCUGCGAGGUCUCGCCCGGCAGCCGCCGUGGCGUGGUCCGCUUCGUGGGCAUCGUGGGAGGCCUGGCGCAGAGCCUUGUGGCUGUGGAGCUGGACAUGUCGCAGGGUGAUGACGUGCACCUGGGCGCUCGAUGGCUUGACGGCGUUGAAUACUUCACGCCCUCCCGAGAGGACGCUCCUGUGGUGUGGAAGCUGCCGAAGGAAGUGGUAUGUGGUGAUUUUCCGGAGUGGGAUCCCUUUGCCGACCUGUCAGAUGAGUGAGCCAAAUGUGGCCAUUGGUUGGCGGAUACGGCUCAAAGCAGCAUGAGAUGAAGCAGCACUGGCCCUCGCAAG